AAAAUUGAAAUAUUCCUGAUUUGACUUCAACCCAAAAUAAUAGGAACCCAACAACAGAAAAAAAAAGGUACUAUUUGUUGUUCUUUUAGCGAUUGCCCUAAGCCCUGACUCCGCCCUGACUCCGCCCUGCCCCGAAGGUUUUUCUGCUUCUGAUUGUAGGAGGAAAAAGUGGUAAAUCAAUGGUGGAAUCUAAUGAAACUAAUCUCCAUCAUAGACAUUGGAUGAGCUCUGAAGAAUCAUCAAAUGAGUUUUUGAUUGAAGAAAUUAAUACCUUUCUCAUGUCAGAAAAUGUGGUUAAUAAUGAGAUGUUAUUGAAGAUACAAAAUCAAUCCUUGAAGAGAAUUUCAAGUGAUAAUAAUUUGAAUAAUUUGGCAGCAAAUGCUAUUUCUGCUGCUGGUGCUGCCAUUCUUUCUGCUGUCAUUGUUAAUCCUCUUGAUGUUGCAAAGACAAGGUUGCAAGCACAAGCUGCAGGAGCUGCAUAUGCACAUCCAUUAAGCAAUGCCCUCAGUCGGAUGGCAGUUUUUGGGCCCAAUAUGAUGUUUGCAGACUUAAGAUGUUCCCCCUCGUGUGCACGGGCUGGCAUUCAGGGAACAGUAUCGAUUUGUCCACCUGAUUGCUUUCAUUAUAAAGGAACACUGGAUGUUUUGUACAAAAUCGUCAGACAGGAAGGGAUUGGAAGACUUUGGCGAGGAACAAAUGCUGGUUUGGCGCUAGCUAUACCAAUGGUGGGUAUUUAUCUCCCCUUUUAUGACGUAUUCCGCAUUCGCAUGGAAGAAUAUGCAGCUGAAAAUGCUCCAAGUGUGGAGCCAUAUGUUCCAUUUGUCGCUGGAGCUAUGGCACGCUCAUUAGCCUGCAGCACUUGCUAUCCUAUUGAACUUGCUCGAACUCGAAUGCAGGCAUUUAAAGAGAUUGGGAAGAAGCCGCCCGGUGUAUUGAAGACCUUAAUUGAUAUUCUUUCAAAUGUCAAUAAUUCAACUUCUUACCAAAACAAGUUGCAAAGUUAUCGUGUUCUGUGGACUGGUCUUGGUGCACAACUUGCUCGUGAUGUUCCCUUUUCAGCAAUCUGUUGGUCCACCCUUGAACCCAUGAGGAGGAAACUUGGUAAUCUAAAAGGAGAUGAAGCAAGUAUCGUGUCUGUGCUUGGCUCAAACUUUGCUGCUGGAUUUGUGGCUGGAAGCUUAGCUGCUGGAGCGACAUGUCCUUUGGAUGUGGCUAGAACCCGCAGACAAAUAGAGAAGGAUCCGCUGAAGGCGCUCAGGAUGACCACGAAACAGACUCUAAUAGAUAUUUGGAGGGAUGGAGGAAUGAGGGGACUCUUUGCAGGUGCUGGCCCUCGUGUUGCUCGUGCAGGGCCUUCUGUCGGAAUUGUGGUUUCGUUCUAUGAAGCUGUGAAAUAUGUCCUUAAUACUAGGUUAGCCUCUUCGUGAUUAGUUGGCAACUAAACAGAACAAAGUAGGUAUUUUAGAUCUCGCUCAUCCGUUGAAGAAUGCGGUUUUUGGUAACGUCGACUUCAGAUACGAUGAUCCUCUGAAGUUUUAAAAAUAACGUGCAAAGCGAAAUGUCCGAACCUUAAUGUUUUGAGGUCAGUUAACCUAGGAUUAGAUUAAUAGUCAGGCAAAGGUUGCUUGUUAGGCCUGUUUCUCAAGGUUGAGCAAAAAAAUUUUGUCACAAAUACAUUUUCUCAAAAAAUAGUGAUAAUUUUUACAGAGAUUUAUCUCAGUUUUGGCUGUACAAUUUUUGUCAAUUACCUUUCCUAUUAUUUUGUUUACAUGUAUUUUAUUUAUUUCUAAUUUUUCGAUUAAGGGCCAAGCUUGUAUAAUAAUAUGUAAGUUAGCGGAUUUAGUUUCGCUCGCUCCUUUUCGUUGCAGGAAGAACUUAUCUAUCUAAGGAUCAAACUCGAGUAGGGGACUCUUUGGCCGCAUCCUCCUAUUUGGGUAUGGGUUGCCGUUUUCGUUUUCUCAGAUCCUGAUCAUAGUUUUCAAUGGGCGGGAUACACUGGGUAUGAUGAUAAUGAUGAUCUUUCCUAUUAAUUUUCUCAAAUUUACAUAAUGAAUUGGAGAAAAUACUAUUUACACUCUGUUCUUUUAAGUUCGUCAUGCUAUAUUGUUAUUUUGAGUUAUUUUGAGGAAAUGAAGUAAAUUCAAAAGAACGGAAGAAAUGAUCACCUCAAGUGGCAGUGUGAUGUCAAAAUUCGUUAGGAUUCCAACUUAUAUAGUAAACUACAUGAAUCAAAAUAAAUCGAUGCAAGAGAUUGUCGAAUGUUAAUAACAA